AUGGUGCCACAUCGCCUCCACGUCUCGCUGCUUCUCCUUCACCUCGUUGUGCUCAUGCUGGGUUGGCCUGCCGGGGCUGUACGGGUACGGAAGAAAGCCACCAGGACGCGGUCCUGCCUGGACCUGCCGGAGGAGAUCCUGGAGCAGAUGUUCGGGAGGCUCUCCGUGGGAGUGAUGAGCGCAUUUCAUCACGCGCUGCAGCUGGAGCCGCAGGACAAACUUAACCUCACGUGCCCGACCACCGCGAGGUCCCCAAACGGCAGCAAGACCCGCCUACCGGUCAAUCUGCUCAGCAUCUCCCCCUGGGCGUACAGGUGAGCGCAGGUGCAACAACGUUUAGCAGAAGUGGAAUUAGAUUUUCUAGUAUUUUCCACAUAAACUGACAAAGACUUGGUUACAUUUUAAAGAAGAGGACACGUCAGUUCAGCUGGAGGAGACCUACAAAUCAAACACCGUUGUCUUGACUUUCAGAGUGCCUCUUUACAUGUUUAGAUUUGACAUGCAGCCUCUUUUUCUGUGCGCCUGCCAUCACAUUACACAAAAUGAUCCUUUACAUUCAUAAAUGAACAGCCCAGUUUGAUGAGCUGUAGAUAGUAUUUAGUUUAUAGGGGAGAGUGGGGUAAGUUGAGCCACCCCCUGUUGCUCGGAAAUGGUAAAAGAAAUUGAUCAUGUGACCAAAUAUUUAGGAGAUGGGCAUCAAUUCAUGGAGUCUGUGAAGGUUAGAAGCACAUGGGGGAAGGGGUUAGACCAGUGGUUCUCAACUGGUCUCACUCUGGGACCCACAUUUUCCCAUGGUGCUUAAGUACCCCAUACACAGGGUAAGCUGAUCAUAGGAGACCACUUUUUUUUGACAUGCUAUAUUAUCAAGACAGUUCUGUAUACACUGAUUCUGUUGGUUUGCAGGGAUGAACAAUAUCUUGAAAUAUAUGCAGAUUCACUAGUUGGAGACAAAACUAUGAUUGCCUUGAUGUGGUGAUCCGAAAUAUGAAAAAUGGCUCAUCUUGCCCCACUCUCCCCUAUAGGUUUUGAAUAAUACAGUCAAUAUUAGCUCUUUUUUUAUAUGAAAUAACCAGAAUCAUUCCAGUUUUAUCAUUUACAGAAAAUCCAAGUGGAUCCUGUUCUGUUGCAUUUCUGAGCUGUAUUUUCUCAUGCUCGCACAGUAUGAGAAAUUGCACAGGUGUUACAAAGUAUAGUGCGGUAAAUGAAUUCUGACUUGAGUUAAGAAAGAAUACUGUCAUGGCUGAAGAUGGUUGGGUCAAACAGAAGGUCAAAUCCUCAGAUAUGAUGGUAUAUUUUUACAGAAAGUUUGUAAUAAAAGUCGUGUUUGACCUGUACAUGUGUCUCUCAUAACAGCAACCCACUGUACAACUCAAACUCUUGUUCCGCAGGAGAUAAAGGGCUGUACAUCUGUUGAUUUCUUCAAUUUGCUUCAUUUCCAGGCUCUCCUACAACCCAGCCAGGUAUCCCCGUUACAUCCCUGAGGCCUACUGUCUGUGUAAAGGCUGUCUGAUGGGGCCGUACGGCGAAGAGAGCGAGCAGUACCGCAGUACUCCUGUCUACGCUCCUUCCGUCAUCCUGAAGAGGACCGGCUCCUGCCUCGGAGGACGACACUCUUACACAGAGAUCUAUGUCUCCAUUGCAGUGGGAUGCACCUGUGUGCCGCUGCUAGAGAAAGAGAAGGACGGACAGAGGAGCAACCAGAGUAUGGAGAGAGCAGAGAACAAAACAGGACGAAGACGACUCAUUGCUGUGAGGAAGAAAGUCUGA